AUACAACGUCGGCCUGGAUGGCAGCACUGCGCGUCCGUGUUUAUCGUCCUCCGCGUACGCCGCGCGUGUCUUUUUCUCAAACGUUCUUACAUCAAAUCGUACGGGACACAGCGGAAAAUUAACAUGGGUAUCGACAUCGAUCACAGGCGUGGGCAUAAGGCCAAGCGGACUGCACCGAAGUCCAAAGAUGUGUAUCUGUUGCUGUUGGUCAAGUUGUACCGUUAUUUGGCCCGUCGCACACGUUCCCAUUUCAACAAAGUCGUAUUGAAACGUCUUUUCAUGUCCCGCAUCAAUCGCCCACCGAUAUCGUUGAGCGCCAUCUCCAAAUAUAUGAAUAAGAUCGCUGAUGAGAAACGUACUGUUGUCGUCGUUGGCACCAUUGUGGACGACAAGAGGUUGUUCAAAGUGCCCAAGCUCACAGUUUGUGCAUUACGUGUGACAUCCGGAGCCAGAGCUCGCAUCUUAAAGGCUGGUGGUGAAAUUCUUACUUUUGAUCAACUUGCAUUGAAAGCCCCGACUGGCAAAAACACUGUCUUGUUACAAGGUAAACGUAAGUCUCGUGAAUCAUGCAGACAUUUCGGACCAGCUCCAGGCGUACCUCACAGUCACACUAAACCGUAUGUGCGAUCCAAGGGACGUAAGUUUGAACGUGCCCGUGGUAGAAGGCGUGGAUGUGGUUUCAAGAAAUGAUCAUCUCUUUUUACUUUAUAAUAAAACUUUUAUUAUAUAUUUUGUGAAAAUAAAGGGACUGUUGAUGUCAUCAAAUACA